GCGAAACUUCAUAGCCGCUGUGGAGUGGAGUAGAAUCUUAAUUCCAUUCAUAUCUGGUAGUUGCGCCGAAACUUUCGAGGACGCAGAGCGUGUGUCGAACUGCUGCUCGCCAGCCCGGUCACGUUGUCGACGAUAUCGUUUUUGUUUGGACUGUAGAUAUGAAGUAAACGUACGUGUUAGUUUUGGUUCAGUUUUUUAUAUUUUUUGACGAUGGACUUUCAAAGUGCUAUGGAAACGUUUGCAGAGGCUUGGGUGGCUGCUAACACUAAAGGGGCACCUCUUACGGAAGUUGCUACACAGAGUCAAGCUCUAGCUCUCACUAGAAAUUGUAAAACUCCUCCGCCGACGCCUACUGCUAGUACUAAUGAAAGAACAAGUCGUGAUUCAGCUGAAAGGGAUCUUACACCGAAUGCUGCAAGGUCAUCUACUCCUCUGGAGCAUAACGGAUCACCACCAUCAAUCAAGGAAGACUUUGACAAUGCCAAGAGUUCAUCUGCCAAGUCCUUGCCAGUCCACUGCAUAGUAGAAGCAAUAUGUUCGCUGGAGGAGAGUCGUUCAUUACAACAUGGUGUAUGGAGACGUCGUCCAAUGAUAGAAAUAGAUACUUACGUAAUUAUUCCUGUUGGAACACCUUUCCACAAUUUAGUUCAGGCUGCCCUUUUUCGUCUUGGGUACUCCACAGAAAGCGCGGCUGCAGCUAAAGGAUCUGUAUUGAUAAAAAAUUGGAAAGCAUUAAGUUUUGAUCAAAUAUCUGACGAUCCUCUCAUUACCGUUGGAGAUAUAUUAGGAGAACUCGCAACAGUGGCCACAUUGAGGAUACAAGUAUUCAGAGGCAGGCCGGGAGUUCUUUGUGAAAUUAAAGACAAGCUUCUGAGGUUUUUGUUAUUACAAUCACAUGGCUUACUACUCUCCUCUGGAUGUCCUUUAGAUGAGAUACUCCUAUCUCAGCUAUGCAGAUCAACAAAUUCAUCAGCAGGUCCACUUCCAGAAAUUUCAGAGGAAAAUCGACGGAAGUUUGAUCAGUGGUGGACGAGUCAGGUAAACCCCCAAGCACCAGCUGUGCGAUCACAGUUCGUGCCGUCUUAUCCUAAUCAAUACUCGGUUCCACCACAACCUGCAACUCCUAUGGAACGAACGAUAAGUGAAACUCAUCCAGCUAUGCAAACAGUACACAGCCAAUUUCCUACACAAAAAACUAGAAUGAGAACAAGUUUUGAUCCUGAAUUGGAACUGCCUAAAUUGCAACGAUGGUUCACAGAAAAUCAGCAUCCGAGUCGGCAACAGAUUCAACAAUAUGUGAAGGAGUUAAACAGUUUGGAAUCUCGAAGGGGUAGAAAACCUUUAGAUAUAAAUAACGUUGUCUAUUGGUUCAAAAAUGCUAGAGCAGCCCAAAAAAGAGCUGAAAUAAGAAACGUGUCUACUCCAAACUUACAAUGUCAUUUAGGGGUGAAUGGUUAUAGUAAUCAUAGUCCGACGAACGGGGGUUUCCUGCUAGCAGAAAAUUAUUUAAAUUCUGAUCGACUAGCAGAACAUAGAAUAAAGAAUAGCCUUGCUAGAAGACAGUUACCAAAUUCUCAUACAUCUGAUGAAUUUUCUAACGCUGGUAGUGACAUGGAAGAUGAAGAAAUGACAGAGGGACCACCGUCUAGUCCUACAGGACCUCUUUCGCUCACUACUCGGAGAGAUUCGAGAGAAACUAGUCCUAGAUCUUCCACGCCGCCUCCACCUCCCGAUAUACAAAUUGAAAAUUGUAAAGAAGAACCGAAAGAUGAACCACCAUUCAACUCCGUUGUACACGUCAACAGCAAAACACCACUUUCAGACGUUGAAGAUGAAGAUAUCGAAUCCCAACCAUCUCCUGCUCUAAAUCGGCAGCUCUCGCAACGAUUCUGUACCACUCCGCCUGCGAAUGUGGAUCAUCCGCUCGCCGUUCCCCGAACUGUAGAAGGUAUCGAUAGAUUAGCGGGAUUCCCAGUCUUGCCAAAUUCAAUGUUUAGCCAUAGUAUUAUGUAUAUGAGUCACUAUAUGCCUGGAUUAUCCCAUCCGGCGACUUCCCCGCCAAGUUCAUCCCUCGCUUUGGCCAGCUUAACCGCCGAAGAACGGAGAAAAAGGAAUCGCACGUUUAUAGAUCCCGUCACCGAAGUUCCGAGGUUAGAACAAUGGUUUUCACUCAAUACGCAUCCCUCACAUAAUUUAAUUCUCAAAUAUACCGAGGAAUUAAAUUGUAUGGCGUAUAGACAGAAAUUUCCUAGACUAGAACCAAAAAAUGUUCAAUUUUGGUUUAAAAAUAGAAGGGCCAAGUGCAAACGGCUUAAAAUGUCUUUAUUUGAUAAUCAAACGGGUACAUAUCACAACGAACGAGAUUGAAACACAUAAUUUCUGUGGAUUAUAUUUGAUAAAAUUUUUUGAAAAAUUUGAAAGUUGUACCUGUGUUACUAAUUAUGUAAUAGGUAAUAUUAUCUACAACCAAUUUACUGAGAACUGUCGUUUAUAUGAAAACACUGUUCAAGGUGCUAUUUAUUAACAAUUUUUUUCUGAUAUUUAAUUUUAUUAGAAUAUUGAACUCAUUUUAUUAUAAAAUAUUUAUUGGUUUAAUAUAUUCCAAAAAAAUUUUCAGUGGGGAUUUAUAUAGUUAUUUAACCGGGAAAAAUUAAAAGCUUAAACUUUUGCUUAAAGCUUUUGAAAAUAUACAGAAAUUCGUAAAUAGAUUUAAUGCGUAUUUCUCAUUAUCCAAUAUAAUUCUAAAAACUUAAUGUAUUCGAUUCUAUCAUAUGAAUUUGUUGUUUUAAUUAUUAUUAUUAAAAAAAACAGUUGGAACCAGUUCAGUACCUAAAACGUGCUCUUAUCUGAAAAUAAUAAAAAUUCUAGUUGAUUGGUGAAAAGCUGGAAAUAUAUCUGAUUAUAAAUUGCUCUAUAGAUUGAUACACAAUGGUUUUCACAGAUGUAUUAUAAAUAAUGCCCUAAUUUCUUACACGUAUACCGCCAUAGCAGCCCCGCUCUAAUCUUAAUAAGGAUCGACGCCCUUCUGACGCCCUAGUUUCUACGACCUGGUUUUGUAGCCCCUGUAUAUAUUUAAAGGAACAAAAAUUAUAGAAAAAUUGAAUGGAAAUAAUAAUAAAAGAAAAUUAUGAUAAAUUGAAUAUUAAUGCUAUUGUUUUUGUAGAGAAUGAAACAAAAUUGUUUUAAAAUUAAUUAUUUAUUUGUAUUUAAUAAUCAACUAUAAUCUAUUGGAAAAAUGUAUAAAAAUCAAUAAUAAAAUGUAUAUAACUACAUAUACAACUUACAUUAUAUAAAAUACAUUAUACAUUGUAUAAAAACUAUUUUUCUUGCUAUAAGCAAUACUGGGGGGACCCACUGUUACAGCUCAUUCAUUAAUCCCAUACCUUUCUAUUGUUUUGUAGCUUGAAAAAUUUUUGAUGUAUUGCCUCGGUUUGCAGAGUGUUUGGUUCUAGGCCCGCACAUUCCUAUUCCAGUUCUAUUUGCUCCUUUAGAGGCGUCCUGUACCAUUUGAUGGCAUUUCGGUUUAUUUUUCGUGUAGUUUUUUUUAACCCAAUUGCUUCUACAGUUCAGUAUCAUAUUAAUUAUAAGAACGAAAGUUUUUUAUCCCUGGAAUAAGAAAUAUGCAUUUUUGAUUUUAAGAAAAACUAAACUAGGAUUAACUACAGGAAGGAUAUAUAUAUAUAGGACACUUAGCAUGUAUAAACAUAAAUCGUUCUCAUGAAUAUAAUGUUUGUGCUUAUUCAGAAAGUAGUUUCUACUUUUUUUUCUAUAAUGAAAUUAUUCCAUUUAUAAGUUGUUAUAAUUGAAAAUGCCAGCAGCAACUCUAAACUUUAAUCAGAAACGUGUUUUCAACAUUAAAAUUUAGGGUUUUAGCAUUUUCUAAUGUCAAACAUUACGUAUUACGUCUUUCAUAAGCCUGCUUUUCUUUUAUGAAUAUAAAAUCUCACUCUUUUUUUAUAUUUCCUCAAUAGGACACAAAAUAUUAUAUCCAUUUCAUUUAUUUAUGCAAAUAACUUUUCAUUAAUCAAGUUUUUGUAAAAUUACUUAUGUUAUAUAGUAAAAAUGUUUUUUAUAGUCAAUUUUCCCAUUUAUAUUUGAAGUAUUUUCGGGAAUAUUAUAUUGAAGUUUCGAAUAAUAAUAAUAAUAAUAAAUGAGUCCUGAUGGGUAUUGUGAAAUAAGUCAUGAGCAGUGUUUGAAUAUUUUCGAAAUAUUCGUAUUUUUUCAAUUGUAGGAAAUUCUGAUUAGUGUUGAGACAAUAAAAUUACGUGCCAAUAGGUACUUUAAUUGGUAAUUGUUUUAUUUUCAAAAUGAAUGUUAUAGAUUUCGUCAGUAUUUUGAUUUGAAUGGUUAAUUUUUAUUUUAAUAACAAAAGUGAUAAGAAAUUACCAAACUUAUUGUAUAAGUAAUGAAAUAAUUAUGGCAAAAGGUAGACAACCAUCAUUUCACCGUAGGUAAAUGCAAGCUUGUUCGAAAAGUGUACGAUUUCUAAAAUACCAGACUUGUUAAUUUGAAAAAACCUCAAUAAAAAAAUAAUACUAUACUCGUUUUUUGUUUAUUGACAAUAUCUAUUGUUUCAACUAUUAUAUGUUUUAAACAAAAAAUUAUAAGCGAUUAUUUUACCAAUGGAUGAAUUGUUUAUCAUGUUUAGGAAUUUAUAAAUUAUAUAUUUGUUAAAAAUAUUGAAUAAAUGUUGUCACUUACUUUACAUUUUUG